AUGCAACCAUCAGACUCAAAAUGUGUCAAGAGGCCAUGGACUGCGCACCGUAGCCUCGUGCAGAUGCGUUAUCGACGGAAAUGCACACUCCGACGUAUGCUGCGUAGCUACUUCGACGACUGCCAUUGCAAUGGUGUCUACCUUCUCAUCCAUGAAGACAACCGAUACUUUACAAUUAAUUUCAGCAAGCCUGAUGGUUCGGGCAGCCACUUUCCACCAUCGGACAAAGAUAUAGUAAGUGUUAUAUCCGGUGCCACCCAGGAAGUACUCUGA